AUGCCGGCGAUGCUGGAGCGGAACCCGGAGGCCCUGGGGAAGCGGAGGGGCCGGGCCCCGGCGGGCGCCGGCGGCCCCGGAGCCGCGGCCACCGCCGGGGGGAAGACCCUGUCCGGUAAUGGAAGCAGCACCAACAGCUGCUGGGAAGAAGGAAGUUCGGGCUCCAGCAGCGACGAGGAGCAUGGUGGAGGAGGAAUGCGGGUCGGAACGCAGUACCAGGCCGUGGUUCCGGACUUCGACCCGGAAGUAGCCAAGGCAGCUCACCUCAGGGAGAACCUGGGCAUGCUGGUUUGGAUCCCCAGCAGCUGCCUGAACCAGACUCAGUUGGACGAGUACAUCUCCAUCGCUAAAGAGAAGCACGGCUACAACAUGGAACAGGCUCUGGGGAUGCUGUUCUGGCACAAACACAACAUCGAGAAAUCUCUGGCCGACCUGCCCAACUUCACGCCGUUCCCCGACGAGUGGACGGUGGAGGACCGGGUCCUGUUCGAGCAGGCCUUCAGCUUCCACGGCAAGACCUUCCACCGCAUCCAGCAGAUGGUACGGCUACCCGACAAGUCCAUGGCCAGCCUAGUCCGGUUCUACUACUCGUGGAAGAAGAGUCGCAGUAAAACCAGUCUGAUGGACCGACAGACCCGCAAACAUAAGCGCGACAGAGGGGACAGUGAUGACGAAGUGGAGGACGCCAACGGGAAUCCUCCCAGCGACCCGGAGUUUGAUUCCACUAAAGAUGAGAAGAAGGAGGUGAGCGCGGGAUCAGAGAGGCCAGAGGUGAAACCAGCCACCGGCCUAAAGGCUAGCUACAGGUGCCGGGCGUGUCCUGCUCGGACUCUGGCCAACCGCGUGGUCAUUUCCUGGGCGCGUAACGUACCUGUGGAAUCCACCCGGGACAUGUCCCGGGCUCCUAACCCUUUCAUCUGCGAGCGGACCGGUUGUAGUCGCCCGCGUGUCUCCGUGUCCCAGCAGAUGGGGGGCAAAGCGUCCCAGCGCAUGAAGAAGCGCCCCCCCCGCGGCAUGUUCCUGAGCCAGCAGGACGUGGUGUCGCUGUCGUCCUCCACGGCCCAGGGGUUCAUCAGGCAGCUGGACGGUCAGCUGGUGUCCAUCAAGAGACAGAUUCAGACCAUCAAACAGGCCAACAGCGCUCUGAAAGACAAACUGCUCUCGGGAGUGGAGGACUUUAAGCAGCCGGAGGUAACCGCGAUGAACCAGAAGUUCAACAACCGCUGGACCACAGAAGAGCAGCUGCUGGCCGUACAAGCCAUCAGGAAGUACGGGAGGGACUUCCAGGCCAUCUCGGACGUGAUCGGGAACAAGUCGGUGGUCCAGGUGAAGAACUUCCUGGUCAACUACCGGCGGCGGUUCAACCUGGACGAGGUCCUCCAGGAGUGGGAGGCGGAGCACGGGAUGGAGGCGGGAGUCAGGGGGGGGGAGGAGGACAAGAUGGAGGAAAAGAUGGAGGCGCGAAGAGAUCAAAUAGCCAUACGGGAUGAUGCGGCUCAGGUUAGGGCGAGUGCCCGGCCCUGA